AUGAACAGAUUAAACAACUUUAGCAUUGGCAAAUUCAAGAUAGAUUUGAGAUUAUUAGGAGAUUUAUUUGUAUUGGCCGGGGCUGGAUUAUCAGUUUAUUACAUUUUAAAUACCAUAAUAAAUGACUAUUUAGAUUCUUCUAAAUCGAAACAAAAUGAGAAACAAGGAGCUUCAGUACUUAAGAAAUUGACAGUUAGUAAUCCUCAUUUGAAAAAUAUAACAUUUACCCAAUAUGAAAAGGCAUUAUUAAAUUCGUUAGUUACACCUGAAGAGAUAUCAAUAAAAUUUGAAGAUAUUGGUGGAUUAGGUAAUAUAAUUGAUGAAUUAAGAGAGGCUGUUAUAUUACCUUUAACAGAACCAGGUUUAUUUUCUGCUCAUCUGAGUUUAAUUCAAUCUCCUAAAGGUGUGUUAUUUUAUGGACCACCAGGGUGUGGGAAAACCAUGUUGGCAAAAGCAAUUGCAAAGGAAAGUGGGGCAUUCUUUUUACUGAUUAGAAUGUCAACCAUUAUGGAUAAAUGGUAUGGAGAAUCAAAUAAAAUAGUUGAUGCAAUCUUUUCUUUGGCUAAUAAAUUACAGCCGUGUAUUAUAUUUAUUGAUGAAAUAGAUUCAUUUUUAAGAGAUAGAUCUUCUAGUGAUCAUGAAGUAAGUGCUUUAUUAAAAGCUGAAUUUAUGACGUUAUGGGAUGGUUUAAAAUCAAAUGGUCAAAUUAUGAUAUUAGGUGCUACUAAUAGAAAAAUGGAUAUUGAUGAAGCAUUUAUAAGAAGAAUGCCAAAAACGUUUUCAAUUGAUAAACCAAAGGCAGAGCAAAGAAAAGCAAUCUUAUCAAAAAUAUUGAAAGGCGCUGAUUUGGAUGAAAAGGAUUUUAAUUUGGAUCAAAUCGUCGAAUAUACUAGAGGUUAUAGUGGGUCUGAUUUAAGAGAAAUGUGUCGAGAAGCAGCAAUUUUACCAGUCAGAGAAUAUAUUAAAGAAAAUUAUGAUUAUAAAAGUGGAAAAUUAGAUCGUGAUGAAAAUGACAACCUUCCAGUAAGACCUUUGAAAACUUCUGACUUUAUAAAAAUUGUACCAAGUAAUGGUAUCCCGGUAACAGAUAUGGAUUAA